AUGUUUCCGACGCUCGUUCCCUUUUGUUUCUCGACAAUAUUCGUGUCACUCGUCUUUACAAAACUGGUCCACCUUUCAAUCCACGCCAAGACGGUCUCGCCUGGGGCUUUCGUCCUCUUCUUGCCAUCGCUGCUGAUUCCCGAUCUCUUCAUCAUCUACAUAUCGCGCCUGGCGCUGCGACAACAAAAGGGUGUCUUUUCAGUCGGCGCAUGUGUUUUGGGAUGCAUCUUUUCGUUUAUUCUCCUCGGCGCCUCGGCCUCGCAACUCGGUUUCUUCUACUCGACCGGUAACGAAGUCAAGUGGUCAGAGGCAAGGAGCUAUGCUGGCGAUGCAAAGGGUAUGAAGAUCUUGCUUAGCGGCAUCAACUCCGUGCUCGUGUCGGGUGCGAUUAUUAUUGUUGUUGCUUGGGUUGGAAAGUGGUACAUCUACAGGGCUGUUGGAUCGCUCAUUACAACGGUUGGAACACCAGUUGUGCAAGGUGCAAGCCCCUACGACUCUGGCAGCGAAUUCGACGACGAUGUUGAAAAUGCCAAAGAAGGCGCCCAUCUCAUCCAGGGAGAGUCUCGUGAAGAGACUCGAACCAAGCCGCGAACAUGGGCCAUCCUCGCCAUUAUAUCCGCCUUCCUCGUCCUCACCACCCUCUUCCGACCUGCCGCGCCUUACACCAUGAUGUCCAUGUCACUCCCGUUGGCCAUGCUCGAUAUGUUCAAGUCACCCGCCAACGUCUGCAACGCUGUUAGCGGUAACUGGCCUUUGACGGCUCUCAUCACUGAGGACAAAUGGGAAGCCCCCAGCCAACACUUCCCUGGAUGGACGCCCGGUAGCGACAGUGAAGCUGCCCGCAAAUACCGAGAAACGACACCCAAAUGGCUACCUAACGAUAUCCCCUCCGGUUUCUCUAAGUGGAUUCCCAAGGAACCCAAAGCCAACACCACCGACGAAGCCCCCGCGACGACCAGCAACGGCUGUGCCGUGGCUUCCUCGGACGACGCCUUCUACAACCCUGUUCUGGACCCAUUGAAGAUCACCAACCUUGAUACCGAGAUCCUCGACGUUCUACGAGAUACCCUCAAAGGCGGAGAUGUCAAGAUCAAGCACGUGGCACUAAUUAUGAUGGAGAGCUACCGAGAGGAGCUCUUCCCUCUGCAGCAGGGCUCCGAGUACCACAAUCUUAUCCUCAAGUCGCACAAGGGUGAGGACGAGGACGCCGUUAAUGCCAAGCUGUCACACAUGAGUCCCGUCGCCGAGAGGCUAACAGGGAAGUCGGGCAACUGGAAGAAGAAGGACGGCUCAGAUUUCGAACACGUGGACAUUCCGCAGUGGAACGAUACCACGGAGGAGGGAUACGGAGGCAUCAACGUUGUCGGUGGUUUCACAACGUCCUCGCUCUCGUUCAAGAGUAUGGCUGCUAUUCACUGUGGUUCUUGGUCGAUGCCUGUGGAUGGCUUUGAGGAGUCUGAGACGGACAGUUACCAGCCUUGUAUCCCUCAAGUGUUGAACCUCUUCAACAAGAUCAAGAAGGACAAGCCAUCAAAGGACUUCUUGGAACAACAAUGGUACCCUGCUUUCUUCCAGUCCAUCACCGAUGGCUACGAUCGUCAGGACAAGUUCGAUAAGAAGAUCGGAUUCGAGCACACUGUCACAAGGGAGCGUCUUGAGCAAGAAAAGAACGACGAGGACGACCUUGAGGAGAUCAACUAUUUCGGUUUCGCCGAGACGACACUCAAGCGCCAUGUCAAAGACUAUCUCAAGCAGGUCAACGACGAGGGCAAGCGCAUGUUCUUCUCACACUUUACCAGCACAACUCACCACCCGUGGGGCGUCCCCAAAUCGUUCCAAACUACAGACUAUCUCAACACCGACGGCAAGAUGAAGUGGCACGAGGAGUUCAACAGCUACCUCAACGCUGUUCGCUUCACAGAUGCUUGGUUGGGCGAGCUGCUCCAGACUUUCGACGACUUCGGCAUGACGAACGAGACAUUGGUUGUCUUUGUUGGUGACCACGGACAGGCUUUUAAGGAAGACCAAAAGUCCAAGACCGGAACGUACGAGAACGGGCAUGUUAGCAACUUCCGCGUACCUAUUACCUUCCGCCAUCCCCAUAUCCCUCGCGUGCAAUACAACGCCAACGCGACAUCUCUUUCUAUUCUCCCCACAAUCCUCGAUUUGCUCAUCAACACCGGGUCACUAAACGAGAAGGACCAGGACGCUGCAGCAGACAUCAUCCAGGAUUACGAAGGUCAAUCCCUCAUCCGACCAUACAAGACUAUCCACAACGGACGCCGCGCGUGGAACUUUGGUAUCAUCAACGGUGGCGCGAGCAUGUUGUCCAUGACCUCUGCCGAUGCACCAUGGCGUAUCGUCAUUCCUCUCGAUGACUCUGCGCAAUAUCGAUUCACGGAUCUCAAGACGGAUCCCCUUGAGCGUAGGGCAGUUGAGAGGUGGACUCUUGAGCAGCUUGAAGUUGCUGUUGAGAACAAGUAUGGCGAAGAGGCGUCGAUCUGGGCGGCCGAGGCAGAUGCCGUGGCCAAGUGGUGGGGACCGGAAAGGAAGAGAUUAUGGGGAUAUAAUCCUUCAUCUCACAAGGAUAAGCAAUAGAAUGAUGAAUAGUUUAAUGUAAUGCGAAUGUUUAAUGUUUUCAA